UUUUUACUCUAGUCUGCUGGUCUUGUCUUAGUUCAUGCACACAGUCGGUGGCCUUUGUUAGUGGCCAGUAAAGCACUUCAGCAAGCCAGUAAAGCCAAUUCUCCAGAUUCUAUGGGUCCAUACUCCAACUGGGAUAUAUACAUGCAAAGGUGGUUUGGUGGUUCGGAGCCAAUUAUAAUGAUAGCACUUUUAACAACAAUUACUUUCGCAGCUAAUUAUUUUCCAUCUCGUGAAGAUUUGACUGAACAUCUAGCAUCAGCUGCAGCCUCGUCUUUAUCUAAAAGUCCGUAUGGCUUUCAAGUAGCUCGAACUACUCGGAGUAUACAGACAGAUUGUCACGAUGGUCAUCAGUCUUCUAAGCCUCAAAACAGUUUGUGUUCUCAAGCCGUUCAAACAGCAGAUUGUGCAGAUUUAUCUUGUAACCAAGCUGUAAUACCUUCAUUUGUACAAUCAUCCCUGCUAGUUUCAUGUGUGACUGAUAAGCAGUCAGCAUCUUUCACAGUUGGAGAAAAAGCAAAUGUAGUAAACAUCACUGAUGAGUUUGUUCAGACAGGAGCCACAAAUAAUGGGGCAGUACUACAAAGAACAGAUUUUAUAAAUCCACGUUCUAUCGAGGAGUGCAAGAAAAUUCUACAAUCAGAGGUUGGUGGAAUAGGUCUGACUGAAGAUGAAAUAAUUUUGUUAGCAGAGAAGAGAAUUAUACAGUCCCAUAAACUGGAAACUAUUGUCAAUAAUCCGAAAAAAGGUGUUUCUAUACGACGCAAGCUGCUCAGUAAACUUGCAAAACGAGGUGAAAUAUUAGAAUCUUUACCAUAUGCAGAUUAUGAUUAUAAAUUGGUAAUGGGUUCUUGUUGUGAAAAUGUCAUUGGUUACGUUCCUGUACCCGUCGGAGUUGCUGGUCCAUUGUCACUGGAUGGCGAGAUGCUGUACAUCCCCAUGGCAACAACAGAAGGCUGUUUAGUUGCAAGUACUAAUCGUGGAUGUCGAGCUCUAGCACUAUCAGGAGGUGUCAAUAGCCAAUUACUUGCAGAUGGCAUGACUCGGGGACCAGUUAUAAGAUUGCCAUCAGAAGCUGAAGCUGGGAAUAUAAAAAGAUGGAUUGAAAAGAAAGAAAAUUUUGAGCUUUUGAAAGCAGCCUUUGAUUCUACUAGCAGAUUUGCGAGGCUUCAGAGAAUAGACGUACAAAUUGCUGGUUGUUGUGCUUAUUUGCGCUUCAAUGCUGUUACUGGAGAUGCCAUGGGAAUGAAUAUGUUAUCAAAGGGGGCAGAUAAAGCUCUUAACAAGCUGUGUGAAAUCUUUCCUUCUGUAGAAAUUAUAAGUCUUAGUGGAAAUUAUUGUACUGAUAAAAAACCAGCAGCUAUCAACUGGAUUCAAGGACGGGGUAAAUACGUUGUGUGUGGAGCAACAAUCCCAGCUGAAGUAGUCAGAGAGGUCUUAAAAACAGAUGUAGCUACUUUAAUAAAGUUAAAUAUUCAGAAAAAUUUCAUUGGUUCUGCUAUGGCAGGAAGCAUUGGUGGAUUUAAUGCUCAAGCUGCUAAUAUUGUCACUGCUAUCUUUCUUGCUACAGGUCAAGUAAGUAAUCUGUAUUUUCAUGUUUAUUUUUUUAGUUUUUUGUUUGUAUAUUAAGUAUUCACAGACGUA